AUGCUGGCGGACCCCCGCGGAGACACAGGCCGCGGCGGACACGGCACGGGAGGGGCGGGGCAGGACGUGAUUGGUCAGGGCCGGGAGGGGUGGGCGGGGCCUCGGGGGCGGGGACGGACGGGAUUGGUCAGGGCCGGGAGGGUGGGCGGGGCCUUAGGGGCGGCGGCGGCCGGGAUUGGUCAGGGCCGACAUCGGGUGGGGAGGGGGGCAGACAGGGCGUGGACAGCGGGGGUGGGCGGGGCUGUAGGAGCAGGGCCGGCCGGGAUUGGUCAGGGCCUUAGGGGCGGGGCCGGCCGGGAUUGGAGCGGGGCUGGCCGUGAUUGGUCAGGGCCGGGAGGGGUGGGCGGGGCCUUGGGGGCGGGGACGGACGGGAUUGGUCAGGGUCGGCAUGGGGGGCGCAGAAAGGACGUGGACAGCGAGGGGGUGGGCGUGGCCGGCGGAGAAGGGGCGGGGCUGUAG